CGGAGCUCCGGAGCGGGAACGGGGAGACUGGGUUGCGUGCUGCUGGGAGACCCCCGAGGUCCCCCAGACCUGAGCGGGGGGCAAGCGGGGCCCUGAGAAUGCCCUUCGGCUGCGGGGUGCGCUCCCAGGCUGCGGGAGACCCGCGUCCAGCCGGCUUGGGAGCGAAGAGCCUAGCCCAGUCCCGGGGCUGGGGAGUCCCCUGGUCCACCGCCGAAGUCCCCGCGCCGUCCCGGGUCCCGACAGGAAAGUAUGCCUCAGACUCCUCCCUUUUCAGCAAUGUUUGACAGCAGUGGUUACAACCGAAACCUCUAUCAGUCUGCAGAGGACAGCUGUGGAGGGCUGUAUUACCAUGACAACAAUCUCCUUUCUGGGUCUCUGGAAGCUCUUAUCCAGCACUUAGUACCUAAUGUGGAUUACUAUCCAGAUAGGACAUACAUAUUUACCUUCCUACUCAGUUCCCGGUUAUUUAUGCAUCCUUAUGAGCUCAUGGCCAAAGUUUGCCACUUAUGCAUUGAGCACCAGAGGCUAAGUGACCCUGAUAGUGAUAAGAACCAGAUGAGAAAAAUUGCACCCAAAAUUCUUCAACUCUUGACAGAAUGGACUGAAACAUUUCCUUAUGAUUUUCGGGAUGAAAGGAUGAUGAGGAACUUAAAAGAUCUGGCUCACAGAAUAGCUAGUGGCGAGGAGCAGACUUACCGCAAGAAUGUCCAGCAGAUGAUACAGUGUCUGAUCCGAAAGCUCACCACACUCAGCCAGUAUGAAGAAGUUUUAGCCAAAAUCAGCUCCACCUCCACAGAUCGGCUCACCGUGCUUAAAACCAAGCCACAGUCCAUCCAGAGGGAUAUCAUCACGGUCUGCAGCGACCCUUACACGUUGGCCCAGCAGCUGACUCACAUAGAGCUGGAGAGGCUCAAUUAUAUUGGGCCAGAAGAAUUUGUUCAGGCAUUUGUGCAGAAGGAUCCUUUAGACAAUGACAAGAGCUGCUACACUGAGCGGAAGAAAACACGAAACUUAGAAGCUUAUGUGGAAUGGUUCAAUCGCCUAAGCUACUUGGUUGCUACAGAAAUCUGCAUGCCUGUGAAGAAGAAACACCGAGCAAGAAUGAUAGAGUAUUUCAUUGAUGUUGCUCGAGAGUGUUUCAAUAUUGGCAACUUUAAUUCCUUGAUGGCAAUAAUCUCUGGCAUGAAUAUGAGCCCAGUGUCUCGACUAAAAAAAACCUGGGCCAAAGUGAAGACUGCAAAGUUUGACGUUCUUGAGCAUCAGAUGGACCCUUCAAGCAAUUUCUAUAAUUAUCGAACAGCUCUUCGUGGGGCAGCACAAAGGUCUUUAACUGCUCAUAGUAGCAGAGAGAAGAUUGUGAUACCAUUCUUCAGUCUCCUAAUCAAAGAUAUUUAUUUCCUCAACGAGGGCUGUGCCAACCGCCUUCCAAAUGGCCAUGUCAAUUUUGAGAAAUUUUGGGAACUGGCCAAGCAAGUGAGUGAAUUUAUGACAUGGAAACAAGUGGAGUGCCCAUUUGAGAGGGACCGGAAGAUCUUGCAGUACCUGCUUACAGUUCCUGUCUUCAGCGAAGAUGCUCUCUACUUGGCUUCUUAUGAGAGUGAAGGACCUGAAAAUCACACAGAAAAAGACAGGUGGAAGUCUUUAAGAUCCAGCCUGUUGGGCAGAGUUUAACAUACAGAAGCUGCUUGUUGCUGUUGCUGCUGCAUGGUACAGACUGCAAAGAGGCUGGCCUUUGUUUUCUGGCAUCUCAUAUUAAGACCGGUCAUGAAGACCCCUCCAUCCUGGGAGAUCUCCCAUCAACAAAGCAAGCAAGUCCACUGCAGAGCAGAUGGGAAACUCAUUUCCCACAGCUGAUAGAUUGACUCAAGAUUCUGUGAGACUGAAAUGUUCACUGAAGACGCUUGAGAAAGACUCCUCUAAAGAUCCUGGCUCUGACAUGAUUCAUCCUCUGGAAUUUCCAAGUGAAUCACAGCUCUGCACCUGGAUGGAGUUUUCUUUUGUGCGUGCGUGCAUUGUUUGUUUGGUUGAACAUUUGCUGCUAAUGGGACUUACCCCACUGAGCACCAGCUCUUAGGAAGCCCAUGUUUCUUUGUUAAUUUAAAUGACAAAAAAGGAGAGGAGGGUGGGGAACACCCCCUCAGUUUAGAUCCCAGACCUCAGCUCUAGCAGUAUUGCCAGGCAGGGGGAAGACUGGUUUGAUGCCAGCCGUGGACUUUACUUCCUUUAGUGUGUGUUGUGUUGUAAAUUUCUCUCCUCCCUCUUCCUACAAAGUUUUGAGUUGGCUGCUGGUUAGCAAACUCCUUUUUACCUAUAUAAGUUAUUUAAUAUAAGAAUGAAGCUUAACACUGUGGUAGGAAAAUAGCCACUAGGAAGAACAAAAAAAAAAAGCAGAGUUUGUCAUUGUUGGACUGCUUACCAAGCUAGAAGGACCUUUGGCUCUCUUUGUCUGUCUGGAGCUGUUUACAAC